UAUUUAUAGGCUUCACAUAGAAAUACCCCUGUGGCUCCAAAGAAUGGUGAAAUGAGUGCCUUCAAUCUUCAAAAUUUUUCUUCUUCUUUCAACUUUCAAGAUUUUUCUUCACGACUGAAUGAACCGGAAGCGGAAGUUAUAAUUGUUGAUACAGCCAAUGAGUUUACUUCAAUUCAAGUUGUAAAACCCGACAUAGAAGACGAUCAGAAGCGAUGGCUUAUUGUUGGAAUAUGUCUGCACAGCAUCAUAUCUCCUGCCUUAAGACAGUACAUUCCUCCCAUUGUGAGCAAAUUGUACAGCGCUUUGAAACGCACAGACCAGGUUGACAAACAAACAUUCGCCAAAUAUCUAAUACGAUAUAAACCUACAAACAAAGAGCUGAACUAUGAGGCAAUUAACAACAACAGUGCUAUACCAAAGGUGAAAGGGAAGAAAGAUGUACAGAAAUACAACUACAAUGUAACUAGCGAUGUGGACCUAACCAAAUUGUUCAUGAUAACUAGUAUGACCCACUAUACCGGGUUUGAUGAUACGUGUGACUCGUCGGCACUACUGGGAAUCAUUAUCAAUAUUGAUAAAUUCCCUGCUUUGCCAAAGCAAACAGCUGAAAAGGUACGUGCAGACAUUCGGAAUCCUUGGGCUCAUUGCAACUUUUCUGAGUGGGACGUCAUCAAGUAUCAAAACUCAUUCCAGCUAAUGCACCAGUUUAUUCGGAACCUGCAACUUCCGGUACAGGAUGAAACAGCAAUUCUAGCGAAACUGACUCACUGGCAAACAAAUGGAGUGCAGUUUCUAGAAGGCACAACACUUGGAGUAAAGCUGGUACAGGAACUGAAAAAUGAAACAAGAGCGCUAAGUAAAUUCAUUCUUGACAUUGUUCAACAAACAGGUGAAAGUUUCAAAGCUGUUCAUAGUGCUGUACUUUCUAUGGAAGGCACUUUAAAUGAAACAACUGAUAAAAUAAAUAACCUGGAGACGGGCAGUGCGGGACUGAAAGGCAAUCUGAAUGCGUUGACAGAUACAGUUAAGUAUUUGCAAGAUGCACAUGAGUUACAUUCUAAGACCGCUGAAAAGAUUAAAACUGAUAUAACAGACGUACAAUCUGAUGUUAGUAAAACGCAGUUGGAGUUUGUUGAUUCAAAGCAGAAAGUUGACCACUUAGAAAGCCGUUUGGAAGAUGUAUCAUUGGAAGCAGCUGAAAACAGGACUGCGUUACACGAUACUAAGACAGAGAUACUGUACUCUAGGACUGAUAUUGAAAAUACAAAAACAGACGUUAUAACCAUUAUGACUGAACUGGAGGAUGCAAAAGAAAAUAUAAAAAAGAGCGAACUUGCACUACAUGAUACAAAAGCUGACGUCGCUAAAAAUAGAGUUGAUAUUGAGGAGUUAGCUAAAUAUUUAUCACCAGAAAGACCAAAUGACAAAGUUUUCUUCUAUCCACCAGAUAGAAUUUCAUCAUUUGUAAGUCGAGAUGAUGAAUUAGAACAGCUUAAAGACGAAUUUCAAAGACGUAGAGGCGAUCAUCAUGUACAAGUUAUUUGUGGAUUAGGCGGAAUUGGCAAAACAACCUUGUCUGUUGAAUAUGCUUGGACGUUUCAAAGUUUUUAUCCAGGAGGUGUGUUCUGGAUGUCGGCGGAAACAACCGAAGCAUUGGAAGAUUCUGUACAACGUCUAGCCAUAGACACAAAUACAGUUGGGAAAAAUGCGAAAGAAACACUCACAAAGACGCUAAAAUUGAUGUCCUCUAUACAAGAUAGAUGGCUGCUUGUAAUCGACAAUGCAGAUAUUGAGGAAAUCAGAGGUAGUAUGAAAGAGUUGCUCCUCGGAUCUUGGAAAAGGAAAUCAAAAGGCCAUAUUAUAAUCACAUCUAGAAGGGAGGCGGAAGAAGCGGGGGAGGAGUUCAAUGUCAAAUUAAAGGACUGCAUAACACUAGAUGUAUUGACUAAACACGAAAGCGUCUAUUUUAUGACAAUUCGUUCGGGCUGUAAGAAUGAUAAAAACGACGACAGUCUCGAAUUAUUGAUAGAGGAGCUCGGAGGUCUACCGCUAGCUUUGGAACAAGCAGCUGCACAUAUAAAAACCUUACACUGUACAUUCAAAGAAUAUCUGGAAAAAUUCAAUCGAAAAAGGCUGAAAAUACUCAAAGCAAAUAGAUCUCAUUUUGAUGUAUCAAAAGAACGCCAGGCUGUACAGACAACAUGGAAACUGAAUUUCGACUACAUAAAAAAGCAGUCCGAAGAAGAAGACAUAGGAAGUGCAGCAGUUACUGUGAUGGAAACAUCAGCAUUUCUGUAUGCAGAUGAAAUCCCUCUGACUAUUUUGAAUGUUGGAUCACCCAAGAUAUGCGACGAAGAUCUUCUUGACGCAUUCCAAGAGGAAAUAGGAGUCAAGCAGGUUGUUGAAAUACUUGCACGAUUUUCUUUGUUCAAUCGAUGUGGUGACAGUACCAUUUAUGUCCAUCGGUUAGUGCAGGAGGUUAUCAGAGAGAAUAUGACCGAUUCAGACCGAAAAGCUUUUAUCCUUCAAUGCGCAACACGUAUGAUAAAUAAGGCUCUUGAGAGGACGCAGUCGCCAAGAGAGGCUUUAAAAGAAGAAAAUGUAGGCAGAGCUUCAUUACAGAUGUGGAGUAAAUUAGCACUCCAUGCAAAUACAUUAAAAACCUAUCUGUUCGAGUUUACAAAGACUAAUAAGAAACAGAUGCAUAUUUGCUUUAAUAUUGAAAGCACAAAGCUAUUACAAACAAGUGCAAUAUACCACAGCCUGUUUCAGCGGCAAGACGAGGCGUUAGCCUGCCAAGCUCAAAUGUUGAGCAUCAUACCGGCACUCGGCAUUGCUGAAUCUGAUUACAGAGAUCUUACAGGUAUUAAGACACCCCUUUUACAGAAGGACAGACAGAUUAUUCAAAGUAGUAUGGCAAUGGCUAUAUCGACGGGAACAGAACCAUUGGUAGGAGUAGAUCAAACCGUUGCACUAUUAGACCCAGAGCAAUUGCGCAGGAUUGGAAAUGACGCUUUUAAGUCACAGAAAUACCAAGACGCCAUUCAGUGUUAUACAGAAGCAAUCACUGCCAGUCAGAGUAAUGUUGAUCCAAAACUUUUUUCAAACAGAAGUCUUGCCUAUUAUAGAAUUUCAGAUUAUGAAAACGCAUUACGUGAUGCAGAUUUAUGUAUACAAAAAGACCCAAUGGCGCACAAAGCGUAUUCCUGGAAGGCAUAUGCAAUUGCUGAUCUUAUUCGUCUUGGUGUGUUGCCGAAGUCCUGGGAAUCGGCUGGUUUGGCAGCUGCAGCUGUUGCUGGAUAUCUUAAUAACCAGUGCUUACAAGAAUACAGGAUGCAAAUUGAAUAUCCAUUUGUACGAUUCAAAAUCAUUAAAGAUCAAUCAACUCUAGGCAGGGAAAUGGCUUCGUCGAUAAAUAUGGCUUAUACCACAUUACUACUUUAUAAAGGCAAUUACCAAAUAGCGCUGCAUCAAGGAGAAAUCGCUACAAAAAGUGUCCAAAUCAUUGGUAUACAAGAAGGCGUUGAAAUCCAUAGCCCACUAGGGGUUUCCUUGGUACAUCCUAGUAAAAUAAGUUCUCAUUUUCCGUUUGAACCAGCAGUCAACGUGUAUUUCGAAAAUGUGACCUUUCCGAACGAGACAGGGCAAAUAUAUAUCGUUGGGAAUGUGAACGCAACGUUCUACAAUUGCAGAUUUUCAAACGGUAAAAAAGGCUGCGAACACUAUCCAUUUUGUAAAGGUGGAGACGGUUGCAUAAAUCCAACCUCCAAUAGAUGCAAAAUGCAAAGUGCGAUGCAAGCAAAAGUAUCAUGUCCGCUUCCGAGCGGCGAAAGUGGGUUUGCCGGCAUCUGUGCUAGUCUAGGUGGAAAUGCAUUGAUAGACAACUGUACACUUGACAGGUGUGGUGGUGGAGGCACUCUUAGUGUUGAAGGAUCCGUUCUUAAGAUAAAGAACAGUGUUGUUCGAAAUAUGAGAAUGCUGGGUAUUGAAGCAAGGAAAGGAGGCUUUACCAUUGCUGAAAAAUGUACAAUUUUUGAUAAUCAGUCCCACGGCGUUGCGAUAGGACCGAAAGGAAGAGGAGUUGUAAAAAACUGUGUCAUACAAAACGAAGGAAUUUGGUGCGGAGGCAAUCUGGAAAGUAAAGAUGAGUCCCGUUUAACACAGACAUCGAAUUCAGAUGGAGGAUCUUCAUGCAUUAUCUAUGAUAAUUUAAUCUAUCAAAAUGGAAUGUCUGGAAUAUCCUUGGAUGGUGGAUCGUAUGAUGUUUCUGGAAACAAAAUAUUUGAUAACUGGCUUUGGGGAAUGAUGGUGAAAUCUAGAUCAACAGCAAACAUAUGCAACAAUGAUAUAUUUGAGAACAAGUGUGGCGGCAUAAGGAUUGGAGUAAAUUACUCAGCACCGGUCACGAUAGAUGGAAAUACUAUUCGAGACCAUACAGGCCCUGCGCUUCAUACAGAAAGGAACCCAGGCACGAAUGUUCUUCCUAAGUCGUUACACGGAAACAAGAGUCAGAUGGAAAUGAUGAAAAGUUUCGGUAUGUUGGAGGAUGAAAGCACUAUUUAUUCAAUACCACCUAUCAUAACAACAAGGAAUGUAAUUGAAAAAAACAACAGAGGAGAACAGCAUCCACGACAAAUCCUAGACCUUGUAGAAACAUGCUGUUUCUGUCAUACUGAUUCUAACAAAUUAAAAAAUUGUGCGAAGUGUAAGAAGGCAAGCUACUGUUCUAAAGAAUGUCAGAAACAACACUGGAAACGUCAUCAGAAUAUAUGCAAACUCAUGACGGAAAACUUUACCGUAGACAUAAAGAUGUCAGAAACAACUAAGUGGGAUAAAUACUUACCAACACAUAGCAUCCGCGUAAAAAACGCUCCUUUGCCAGGUUUAGGGGAAGGUACACCUCCAGACAAGUCAAGUGAUAGAAGAUUUGUUGUCAAGAUACAGUCUGGAAAUGAAUACACCAUAUAUGAUACUAAUAAAGAAUUGAGACUGUAUGACCAAACUCAGACCUUGGAUGUAUUCUUCAGAAACCCCAAAAUCUGUCAUUUAGUAUACGAAUGUGGUGUUCUAGCUGCAACGAAGUUCACUACAAAGAAAAUGUUCUGUUGGGCUUCUUUCAAAAACAAUGGCAAUACACUGUGUAUCUAUACAGAUACAUUGCCACCCUUUGAAACAUGGUAGUCAUACAAGCUGAGACGUUUGUUGAACCUUUCAAAUGCUUAAAGCACAAACAAAUAAUACUUUUUAUUUUGUAACACAAACAGGCGUCUGCUGAUGGCACAUAAAAAUACUUUGAAGAGGGACUGAACUUCAUUGACAGUUUUUAGUGAAUUAUAUAUAUUCGGUUGAUCAAUAAUAAUAUCGAUAAAUAAAUGACGAAGUGUGGGAACGCACCACCAUAAAACAUAGAUCUAUAUAAACUUGCAUACGACAGUAGAAAGUACUGAACAUAUCCAAGUUUUCAUCAUUUCAUUCAGAUUGACUUCAUAAGUUUAUUGCCGUGGGCCAGUAGAUGAUCCCUGUUAUGUUGAAAGGUUAAAUAGUCAAGGUCACAGUAACCUUAAGCAGAUAAAUAACUAGAGGACGAUCCACAGAAUAUCAACAAGUUUGUGAAAGAGUUUGAAUCGGAAAUAGAGAAUGUCCUGAAUAAGCACGCUUCUCUAAGCGAGAAAACUAUAACAGAGAGAGAACCCGAUCCAUGGUUCAAUGAAAAUUUGCAACAUCUAAAACAAGUUAAAAGAUCUGAGCGUACAUGAAGGCGUUACGGUAAAACAUAUCAGUUUGAGUCGUAUAAAGCAGUAAGAAACGAAUACAAGUACGUCAAUCCUUAAGUGAAUACCAAAACUUUAAACCUCAUGUAAGGGAUGUACACAAUUUAGACAAAUUUACUGAACUGGCUCGAGGUGAAGUGAAAAAACUCAUCAGUGAAUUGAAUACUACGUCUUCAUAGCUAGAUAUUUUGCAAACACGUAUUCUGAAAUCACACGAAGAUGAACUCCCUAGUAUCACUAAAUUGACGAAUCUCGUAUUACAACAAGGUGUUUUGCCUGUGAAAUACAAACAAGCAGUUAUUAGACCUUUGCUUAAAAAGCAGGUCUUGAACCAGAGAUUUCCAACUAUCGUCCUGUGAGUCAUUUAUCAUAUCUGUCAAAACCUAUUGAGAAAGCUGUUCUGUACAAAUUAAACAAACAUGUAAGUAGUCAUUUGCCUAAGAAUCAGUCUGCAUAUAGGAAAUAUAAUAUCACUCCUGUAAAUCUGCGCUGCUUCGGUUGGUUUAUGAUCUUCUAAGUGGUAUGGAGAAACAGGAAGUCAUGGCCCUUAUUACAAUUGACUUAAGUGCGACAUUUGAUACUGUCGGCCACUACAUUCUGCUAUAUGUCCUAAAAGCACAGAAUGUUGUCUGUGAAACAGCUCUUCAAUGGAUAGACUCCUACUUAAGGCCUUGUACUUGUAAGAUCAAUAUCAACAAUGCAUAUUCAUCAGACCGCCAUCUUGAAUGCAGUGUGCCCCAAGGCAGUUGCCUUGGUCCGGCCUGUAUCUUAUCUAUGCUAGAACUCUUUUUGAUGUUAUUCCCAACUCCAUAUCAGUCUAGGGUUUUGCUGAUGAUCAUAUAGCAAAUAAAAGUUUUCGUCCCACGUCUGCUUCCGUAGAAUCACAAGAGGUCAGAGACCUCGAACGGUGCGCAGUUAUAAUCAAUGACUGGAUGAAUAGAAACAAACUGAAAAUGAAUACUUCAAAAACUGAAUUUAUUAUGUUUGGUAGCAGACCUCAAUUGAACAAAUGUUUUACAAAUUCGAUUAACAUUGCUGGUGAUAAUAUCAAACGUGGAGGCAAAAUUAGAUAUCUUGGCGCAUUUCAUGACGAAACUUUGAACUUUUAAAGAUCAAGUAAAUCGCAAAUGUUGUACAGUGUUGAAUUACCUACGAAUUAACAACAUCAGAAAAUAUGUAUGGUGUAGCUAACGUAUUCAAAACAUGUGUGCAAGACCUGUCCUUAACUUUUCUUUUAUGCAUGUAUAGCUGUCACACUGGCAGAGCACCUAUGUAUUUAACAGAAUUGCUUACAGAGUAUGUAGGCAAGAUUUGAGAUCGCCAGAAAAUUUUGAAUGUCGUUAUGUUGGUUUAAACAAUAUUUUAUUCAUAUUUAUACAUGUAUAUACAUUUACAACAUGAAUCGCUACAUUAUUAAGGCAUGAAGGAUUGAAUAGAAAGCUAAGCUUAUUUGAAACUCUCUCCUUAAGAAUGUCGUUAUGUUGUUCCAUACAAAAGUGCAAAACAUUUAACGAUAGAAGUUUCUGUACUAUUUUUCCAAAACUGUGGACUGAACUGCUGUUAGAAUUACGCAAAAGUAAACCACUUGGUACUUUCAAAAAGUAUCUUAAUACAUGUACUCUGUAUUUUAGAGACUUAUGGCAUUGUUUUAACUUUUUAAAUAAUUGUUUUAUAUGCGAUAACAGCAGGUGUUAACUUUUUUUAAUGUUUGUGGGUUUUUACAUUUCAUCAUUUAUAUCAGUUUUAUGGUUUUAACAUAUUUAGUCAAAUGUACAACGCCAUUGAAUAUGUCAUAAUAUAGAAAUAAGCGUUUAAUCAAAAUCAGUUUCAGUUUCAGUUUAGUCGACCUUCACAUGACUCCAAUAUUAUUUCAGGGAUCAGAAUACUAGUAAAAGUUCAAGGUCACAAUAUCUAUGAGAUGGGACCGAUUUCAGAUCAGUAACUCAAAAACGCUUGUAAUUACUCAGUAGAGUGAUUGUAUGAUGUCAGUAGUAUAUUCUUAAUGUUUUUGGUUAAUUUUGUUAACGAUCAAACAAGGACACACCAUAACUAGCCCGUUUUCUUUAGAAGGCCGUCUUAUGACAUAUUUGUUUCUAUUCAUAUAUCAUUAUUAUAUUGAAUGUAUUCUGUACGUCACGGUUAAGAUAUUUAAGUAUUAUUGUAUUACACAGUAGAUAUCAAAGUUUUAAUACCAAUGUAUGUGCUCAUUAGAUAAAUCCUCAAUAUAUAUAUAUAUAUAUAGGGGAAAAAAGAUGUGGAGAAAGAUCUUUACAUUUUAAUAGCAGAGCAUUACGGUUAAACGUGUGAAAAACAAAAUGAAUAAAACUGUGUAAAGAACAAUUUAAUAAAGUGGUGUUCUUUGAUUCUUCGUAGAACAAGGAAUAGCAAAAGCUUUGAAACUUGAAAGAAAGAAAUUACUAGAGGUAAAGAAAUAUGAAGAAGAAGAAGUUAUUCCGUAUGUUUCAACAUUUAACCCUCGAAACCCUGGAUUAUUCAAUUAUAUUAAAACUAAUUUACCUAUCCUUGAAAACGACCAAAAGAUGGUGAAAAUCUUAAGAAAAACUUCUAUUAUUAAAAGCAAAAGACAGCCACAAAAUUUGAAGAGGAUCCUUACGCGAGCAAGAUACGAUGAUAAGAUCAAACAGGCUACAAUAAGAAAAUGUGAACGACCUAGAUGUAAAUUGUGUACACACAUAAUAGAAGGGAACGAGUACAAAUUUUAUAGCAGAGCUACCGGCGCCGCGAAGCGGCGGCGACAGCGUCGCAUUACGGUUAAACGUGUGAAAAACAAAAUGAAUAAAACUGUGUAAAGAAUUACUAUCAAGUUGAAAAUUCGUGGUACUUUUUUGGAAUCGGUGUUGUUCGGGUUUCUUCCAGCACACAAUGCUCAUAGUAAUUAAUCAGUAAGACGUCAGUAGACGCUUGCUAUUUACGGUUGACAAAAGCGUUUCGCUUACUGCUUUGAACGUUGAAUAAAAAUAUAAAUGAGCGUUUGAUAAUAGGAAUUUAGUGCUAAAUACAUUUUCUACGAAGAAAAAACAGAUAAAAUAAGAUAUUUUCAAUUCAAAACGAUUUUCAUCACGCUUCCAUAGCUGAAAUUUAUUAUAUAUGCUUAUAUUUGUGGUGAUAACGUCAUAUUUCCACAUUGGUGCAGUGGCUAGCGAGUUCGCUUUGAAAACCAAAGGUCGGGAGUUCGAUCCUCAGCACAAGCAUUUUUUUUAUUGUUUUUUUUUUUAUUUCAUUUUUUUAUUUAGUUAUUAUGAGUUUUAAAAGCACUGUAAAAAAUAAAGUCAUUCAUGGGAAAUUUAACAAGUGUUUUGUUAGUGAUGUCAGGUUCCAAAGUACUGUCUGUAGAUAAAACUUACUUUUAAAAAAGUUUUGGGAUCAAAAUAUACAGGCAUUGAACUGUGAAAAGCACAUAAUGCUCUUCUCCCCGUUCACAUAUAUUUCAUCCACAAGCUUAAAAAUCACUGACCAGAGUUUAUUACUAGGAAAAAAACCUAUUGCCUAUGAAUUAUCAAACAUCAAAAAGGCUCCUACUACCACUCCUAUUCUAUACCAGUAGUGCUAAAAGAUUAACCAUAAAAAUGUCAUAGACUGUUUACUUAGCAGUUCAGUAAAUAAAACAGAAGUUUUCGAGAAUUUCGGCAAACAGUGAUUUUCUCUGGGUAAAAUUCUCAUCACUAACUUUUAAAGAUGGCUAGUCUUUUGGAUUUUAAACAAGCUUUGUACAUGUAAUUGAUUUUCAUUCUCCCAUACCAGACGUCUAUCAUAGCAGUAUUUUUGCCUUAAUUAAAGUUGGACACUUUCUUCCUUCUAAAAAGAAACGUAACUUUCUUUAGUUCGUAUAUAGCAUAUUUGUAGAGUUUUCGCAUGUCAAGAUUUAAUCUUAAGGUGGAAUGCGCCCCAAAUAUUUUUGCCGAAUUUCGUCCUGAAAUUUAUACUGUACAAAAUUCAAGAUAUAUGCGAUUGAGCUCCGGUUUUACUUUAUCGCCAUAUUGUUCGUGAUUUUUGCUAUUGUGUCACAAACAUGGCCCCUGACGUCACUUUUCGUGCAACGCCCAGUUCCGGGUGCUUCCGGCAUUUUUCCUUUCCUGCGCUCUGAAUGUCAUAUCAAUGAAAAAUACAAAAUAAUUGUCACUUUGCAUUCAGAAAAUGCUA